ACGGCCGAAGAAACGAAAACGAAGAAAAGCCUCUCUGUGCCGUUGUUAUCUUCUAUCAUUUCUGAAGAAUGGAGACAAACGGCCAGGCAAAUGGGGUUAAAUCUAGAAAGAAAGAAAACGCCGACGCGAAGGACAACCUGUGGUCUGCGAUCUUAGAGGAAGUCCAAAAUCAGGGGAACACAAAACUACCUUCAAACAAAAAUGUAUUAGUUUUGGGUGACAAUGAAACUGGAAAAACCACACUCAUAGCUAAAUUACAAGGAGUGGAAGAUCCUAAGAAGGGGUCAGCUCUGGAAUAUGCAUAUAUAGAUGUUAGAGAUGAAUAUCGGGAUGAUCAAACCCGACUCAGUGUAUGGGUCCUGGAUGGAGACCCAGGACACUCGAAUCUACUAAAGUUUGCUCUCAAUGAGGAGACGUUUCCACACACACUGAUCAUCCUCACAGUUGCCAUGACUACACCAUGGGGAAUCCUCGAUCAAUUGCAAAGCUGGGCUUCAAUGCUCGGUGACCAUAUAGAUAAAUUGGAUCUCACACCUGAACAAAGGCUACAAAGUAAAAAACAGCAAGUCCAGAAAUGGCAAAGGUAUACAGAGCCUGGUGAUGAACUCGAGGCGUCGGCGUCGUCGCCAAUGAAAAGAUCGUCUAGGAACCUAUCCGAUGACCUUGAGGAGGAAGAAGACUCCCCUCUUCCGGACGGAGUACUUACUACCAAUCUUGGUCUUGAUAUUGUUGUGGUUGUCACCAAGACUGACUACAUGAGCACAUUAGAAAAAGAACACGAUUACCGCGACGAACACUUCGACUUCAUGCAGCAGUGGAUUCGGCGGUUCUGCCUCCAAUAUGGCGCGGCGCUAUUCUACACUAGCGCCAAGGAGGAUAAGAAUUGCGAUCUCUUGUACAAGUACCUCACUCACAGGAUAUACGGGCUGCCUUUCCGUACGCCAGCGCUUAUUGUUGAAAAGGAUGCUGUUCUAAUUCCAGCAGGGUGGGACAGCAUGAAGAAGAUUAGCAUAUUGUACGAGAACAUGCAGUCCUGUAAGCCGGACGACUACUACAGGGACGUCAUUGUUCAGCCAGCGAUACGAAAAAGCGGCGCGAACCGCGAAGCCGAAGUCCAAGCAGAGGACGAGCAAUCAUUCCUGCAGCGGCACUUGGCCGCGCUGCAGGCUGGUACUCCUGCACCAAGAGCCGACUCGCCGCUACGCGCCGCACAGAGGGCCACGCAACAGCUGGACGGCGCCAAAAUCGGCAUGGGCCCCGGCACCCCCGGCAACGAGGGGGUCCUGGCGAACUUCUUCAACUCGCUGCUGUACAAGAAGACGGGCUCCCCCGGCGGCAGGCCCACUGACGCUGCGCCGGCGGCGGCCGCGGCGCGCUCCGACGCCGCGGCGGAGCUGGACCGGCUCACCAGAGCCAAGAGUCGUCCUCCGCCGCCAAUCGACCUCAACUCCUCGUCGGAGUGCUAGUGAUCUGUGCUCCGAGCGUCUAGAUUGUCACGAAGCUUGGGCCCGACGCUGGGCGCCACUCGGCUUGUACUUCUAGCGGCGCCGCCGCCCGAACUGACGUAUGCCUUGAUACUUCCAGUCUCGCUUGCUUCGCCUUACUGCCGCACGGGCACACGGCUCACUCAAAUGUGUAGACACCUUUGUAUUUGUGCGUUUUUAUAUCUUUUAUAAUACUUGAAUGAGCAAAUUCAUUAUAUCAAAUCAAACUUAAAGAUUUUAUGUUACGAUAUGUGUGGAAUAGUAAUAUUAACAUUUAAUUAAGUACUUUUUUAAAUUGUUGAGUUUAAACUAAACGUUUUUAUAUUUACGACUCUUUAUUCAACCAGAAAUCACGGAAAAUUGAACCUUGAGUAUAUUUGCUCAAUGACGUAAAAAGUCAUGGUUACACAACAUAAGGGAGUGGACCGGAGUCACGAAGGUUUCGCCAUGGACAGAGACAAAUUUGCCAUAUUGCCAACCAACAGUAAUGGAGAGGCACUUUAACAAGAUAUUUGCUCAUUUAAGUUAAAAAAUUCUUAUACUUUAAUAUCAAUUUCAAUAUAAAGUUGUCUACACACUUGAUAUGAUAACGACGAACGAUUGUACGGGUCUUUUUAUGAUUAUUCGUCAACUCUUAGUUCGUCGAAUGUCUAGAAAAUAAAGGAGCAUUGAUAUACGAAUUAUCUCACGUUAAAUUAAUAGAUGGAAAUAAGAUCACGAUAUUUUUUAUUAUUAAAUGGGUAUCUAACAUGGCGGGCCAAUAU